GCCUACAAAGUCUACGAGGACAAGCUGACGGACAGCAACGCGCUACGCGUCCAACAAAUUUUCAUAGCCGUCCCUUGCCACCACUUAAACCCAACAAACCAAAAAAGAAUUCUUGCUUGUUUACUUUUCAUAACCCAAACACCAAAUGAAAAUUCCUUUCUCCUUAUGGUUUCCAUUGCUGCCUCUUUUAACACUGCUCUUUGGUGCCCAUGUAGCUUUGGCUUCUGGCGUAUGCCAGACCGAUCAGAAAUCCUUGUUGGUCGAAUUGAAGAACACUCUCAAAUUCAAUCAAUCCAAGUCUACAAAACUGGUGGCAUGGAAUUACAACGCAGAUUGCUGUGGGUGGGCUGGUGUAACCUGCGAUAAGGGUGGUCUUGGUCAUGUUACUGGCCUCGAUUUGAGCAACGAAUCAAUUUCUGGCGGAAUUGACAAAUCAGAUGCAAUCUUCAGCCUUCAAUAUCUCCAGAUUCUAGAUUUGUCUUUCAACAACUUUAACACAAGUUUUCCAGCUGGAUUUGCCAGCCUCACUCGUUUGAUUUCUCUGAAUUUGUCCUACGCUGGAUUUAUGGGUCAAAUUCCAAUUGAAAUUUCAACCAUGACAAAAUUGGUGACUCUUGAUCUUUCAAUGCUCUACUACCGUCGAGUUCGAUCACUGAAACUUGAGAAACCAAAUUUGGCAACACUGGUUCAAAGUCUUACACAGCUGAGAGAACUUCGUCUUGACGGUGUAAGUAUAUCUGCAAAUGGGAAUGAGUGGUGUCAGGCCUUAUCGUCUUCUCUGCUUAAUCUGCAAGUGUUGAGCUUGUCCAACUGUUUUCUUUCGGGCCCUAUUGAUCCUUCCCUUGCAAAGCUUCAGUCUCUCUCAGUAAUUAGUAUGGGCGGUAACAAUUUGUCUGCCCCAGUUCCAGAAUUCUUCGCAAAUUUCUCCAAUUUGAGGAUCUUACUUCUCAGCGAUUGCAAUUUGCGAGGAACAUUUCCUCCAAAAGUAUUCCAGGUAUCAACACUAGAGAUUCUUGACUUAUCUUACAACCAAGAGCUUAGGGGAUACAUGCCAGAUCAUUUACAGAAUGCCUCUCUUAAGACCUUGGUGCUCAGCUACACAAAUUUUUCAGGGACACUACCAGAUUCCAUCGGUACAUUUAAGAAUCUGUCAAAAAUAGAGCUUGAAACUUGCAACUUCAGUGGAUUGAUUCCUACUUCAAUAGCGAAUCUCACUGAACUUGUCCAUUUAGACUUCUCAUCCAACAUAUUCAGUGGUCCAAUCCCAUCAUUGGGCAGGUCCAAGAAACUCAUGUAUAUAGAUUUUUCUUACAAUCAAUUGUCUGGUGAGAUAUCAUCCACUCAAUGGGCAGGCCUUCUGAAUCUUACCUAUGUCGACUUGAGGUAUAAUUCACUUAAUGGGAACAUUCCGUCAUCUUUGUUCGCAAUCCCAUCACUGCAGAAGAUUCAGCUUUCUUUCAACCAAUUUACAGGUCAAUUUCCUAACAUCUCAGGCGCAUCUUCUUCUUCUUUGGAUACCCUGGAUUUGAGUAGUAACAAACUAGAAGGGCAUAUUCCCCGUUGGGUAUUUAAUAUCAGCAGACUCAACGUCCUCUUACUUUCCUCCAACAAGUUCAGUGGCACUAUAAAGCUAGGUUGGAUUCAGAAGCUUCAUAAACUUACCACGCUUAAUCUUUCACACAACAAGUUGACAGUGAUUGCAAAUUUCACAUUGUAUUCCCUUCCGCAGAUGACCACAAUAAAACUGGCUUCUUGCAAUCUAAGAGUAUUUCCUGAUCUAAGAAAUCAGUCCAAACUAGUCUAUUUAGACCUGUCAGAUAACCAAAUUAAUGGAAAAGUACCUCGAUGGAUUGGAGAAGUUGGUUUUGACACUCUCCUCUAUCUGAAUCUUUCACAGAAUCUGCUGGUGAGUCUACCAGAACCUCUUUCUCUCCCUACUAGUCUUGCUGUAUUGGACCUGCACAAUAACGUGCUCCAAGGGAAUGUUCCACUUCCUCCGCCAUCUGUUACCUAUGUGGAUUGCUCAAACAAUAACUUUUCUUCCAUACCACCUAACAUUGGUAAGUCUUUCUCCUUCACCAUUUUCUUUUCUCUUUCAAACAAUGGCAUCGUAGGAGUUAUUCCUGAAUCAAUAUGCAAUGCUAGUUAUCUACAAGUUCUUGAUCUGUCCAACAACAGUUUGAGUGGCACAAUACCACCCUGUUUAAUGGAGAGAAGUAAGACUCUUGGUGUUUUAAAUUUAGGAAGGAACAAAUUCAGAGGCAGUAUUCCAGAUAAAUUUCCGAGUACCUGUGAAUUAAAGACUCUAGAUCUGAAUGGAAAUCUAUUAGAGGGGAAGCUUCCAAAAUCCCUUGCUAAUUGCACUACGUUAGAGGUUUUAGACCUUGGGAACAAUAAAAUGAAUGACAUAUUUCCAUGCCUUUUGAAGAACAUAUCCAGUUUGCAAGUCCUUAUUCUACGGAAGAACAACUUUCAUGGCAAGAUUGGAUGUCCAAAAAACCAUGGUCCUUGGCCAAAACUUCAGAUUGUCGAUCUAGCCUCCAACAAUUUUGGUGAUAAUCUACCAAAUAGAUGCUUGAAUACGUGGGAGGCAAUGAAAAGAAAUGGAAAUGAAACAGAUGGUCACCUUAGUUUCGAGGCCCUAAGCCUCAGUGGACUGUAUUAUCAAGAUUCAAUAACAGUUACAAUCAAAGGUCUCCAGUUGGAGCUGUUGAAGAUCCUAACAAUUUUCACGUCCAUUGACUUCUCUGACAACCAUUUUGUAGGGCCAAUACCAGAUGUCAUUGGCAAUUUUAAUGCUCUCUAUGUUCUCAACUUGUCCCACAAUGCACUUGCUGGUCGAAUUCCACCAUUUUUAGGCAACUUAUCACAGCUUGAGUCCUUAGACCUCUCAGUUAAUCAGUUGAGUGGAACAAUUCCUCAGGAGCUUGUAGGCUUAACAUUCCUUUCAUUUCUGAAUGUCUCAUACAAUCAGUUGGUAGGAAACAUCCCAACAGGUAAUCAAUUCCUCACAUUUGAGAACAUUUCAUUCAGAGGUAAUAAAGGAUUAUGUGGGCCUCAGUUGUCAAAAUCUUGCUCACAUACCAAUUCAUUAGCACCUGCUGGACAAACCAUCAAAAAAAGGAAUGGAGUUGAUUGGCAGUUCAUAGUCCCUGGCAUGGGGUUUGGGGUAGGAGCAGCAGCUGUUGUUGCACCUUUAAUGCUCUGGAAGAAGUUAAACAAAUGGUAUGAUGAUCGUACAGAUAAAAUUCUGAUGGUUCUUCUUCCAAUGUUGGGAUUGGUGUACUACACAAGUAAUGAUUGGAGAAUUGCAGCCGAGGAAAUUUUUGAAGAAGAUAGCACAGAUGCUGACUAUGAGGAAAGUGAAGAUGAUCUUGAAGGACGGUUCUGUGUUUUCUGUACAAGACUCGAUAUCAUGAGGAAACGGGCCAUUCAUGACCUGAAAUGUACUUGUUAUCACUCACCACCCCUAUCUUCUUCAUCAUCUUGUUCUUCCUUCUCCUCAGUUGCUUCUCAAUAGGCACAUUUUUUUUUCCAUCUUUUUUUUAUUAACAUUUUUCUCUAUUAUUGUUUUCUAAAAUGUAAAUAGUACAGAAAGCAAUUCAUGUUGAUGAGAACAUAACCUGAACA